AGUCAGAGCGCUCCCUCCUCAGUCUCGCCCUGCUGACGACGAUUCCCGACCGAACCUCCCCCUCGUCUCCGGUGCCUGUGAUGGUUUCACAUUUUAUUCUCCUCAACUUCUACCCGUCGGGAUUGUUAUUUAUUCCUGUGCUCUUCCUUCUCAUGCAACCGCUGGAUCUAUUGGCCACACGCGCUAGUAUGCGCACCAACACUGACUAACAUUCACCUGCAGUCGUUGGGGGAAAUACUGAAUUGACUCCGGAUUUCUCAGGGAACACUACAGAGGAUUUUCCUUUUUUUCCUUGCAGCUUUCCUUAUUUCUAACCAUGUGUGUUUCUGCCUCUGGACGUGAACUGUGAGAUUGUCUCAAAAAAAAAAAGAAGAAAGAAGGUGAGUCUGAUGAGGAUAAUCAUGAAGCAGAGCCACUUUUACACGGAUACCGUUUUCUUUGCGCAGCAGAGGAGGGAACCGUAUCUCCAAAGAGCUGGUGUUUAAUUGCUUUAAGAAAAUCACGACCGAAGGAGUUAGGGGGGAGGAUUAUAUCAGCCUUUUUUCUUUCUUCUCGUGGAGCCCGUGGUGAAUUUACCCUGUGGAUAAAGUGAAGUUUUCCAAAAAGCCCGACGUCCGGCUGUAAUCUGCUCCGUAGCCCUGUGUGUGCAGGGCUGUGAGGCUUCGCACUGAGUGGAUAUCAAGCCAAUUCAACGCGCACGUUUCCUCCGGUGAUGAUGCUGAUGACGAUGACGGGUCGCAGGACGGACACGGAGAGGAUACCCGGAGCUUAGGGAUGACAUCCACACCGUCUUAGCUGAAUGUGGAUACCGAUGCCGCGGCGAAGGAUGGGCCCUCUCCUCCCGUCCGCCCUCGUCCUCUUGCUGGCCCUGGGAGCCGCGUCUCCGGCCUCGGUGGGGAACCCCGAGGAUUACACCGCGGACGAGGCAGAGCGGACCAACGGCGACAACAUGGUGUUCGACGAUUACCGGGGGAAAGGAUGCGUGGACGACAGUGGCUUCGUCUACAAACUCGCGGAGCGCUUCUACCCGGGACACUCGAACUGUCCGUGCGUGUGCACGGAGGACGGCCCCGUGUGCGACCAGCCCGAGUGCCCCAAACUGCACCCCAAGUGCACCAAAGUGGAGCAUAAUGGCUGCUGCCCCGAGUGCAAGGAGGUUAAAAACUUUUGCGAGUACCGAGGGAAAACGUACAAGAUCCUGGAGGAAUUCAAGCCGUCCCCCUGCGAAUGGUGCCGCUGCGAACCAAAUAACGAGGUGCACUGCGUGGUGUCGGACUGCGCCGUCCCGGAGUGCGUCAACCCCGUGUACGAGCCGGAGCAGUGCUGCCCCAUCUGUAAAAACGGUCCAAAUUGCUUUGCUGGAACCACGAUCAUCCCGGCCGGAAUUGAGGUAAAGGUGGACGACUGCACCAUCUGCCGCUGCCACAACGGAGACUGGUGGAAGCCCGCACAGUGCUGGCGGCGGGAGUGCCUCAACGGCCAGUCGUUGUCAUAGAGAGACUCCGCCGGGGCCGGUGGAAAAGCUCAGGCAAGGCCCUGCCUACUACUGCACCAUUUUGUAUGAUUGACAGGGCAGGAGCACAAUUCCUAUGUUACCUGAGACGGCAGAGUAUCGAGGAGACGCACUCACAAAGCUUCACGGAUAACAGAUCCAGCCACCGGGAAAAGAGACGGAGCUCGUCUCGUGGCCGCUUCCACCCUCCAGUUUUAAUCGGCCUAUAUAUUUUCAAGAAGUUGACUCGCUUUUGACUUGCUGCUCUCACACACACACACACACACACACACACAAAAUGUUUCUAAGCUCCCGGGACUCUUUCCUAACUGAUGGCAAUGUUGAAUUUCUCAUGUUGAUUCCAGUGUGUGUGUCAUCUGCUUGUCUGUCUGUCACGCAGGUGUUGUCAAAUUGCAACAGCAGGAAAAACAAACCGUAAGCACACUUAACAGCGCUUUUGUUUUUGGGAGGGUUCACACGAGGUUUGAAAGCACUGCAAAGGUGUGUGUUUUUGAGUUUCACAACUUCACUCUAAGAGCUUGUUUACAAAAUGCACAUCACACACACACACACGUUUGUCUCCAUGAUGUUUUUUCCCUACGGCGGGGAAGUCACCUUUAAGAUUUGGACGAUGGUGCGCUCACUUUUUUAUAAACCACUUGUAAAGCCCCCCAUCACAGUGACUUUAUCAAUCAUCGCACCACCAUCGUUUUGAGUCCGGUCUCUAUUGUUCCACGACAGGCAGGGUACAGUCAUAUUGUGUAGUCAGCUGAAGAACAGAAAAGAUGGUCACCAGCAAGUAUGGAAAAAAAAAAAAACUUUAGGCAGCCCCUUCCGGCUUAAUUGUCGUUAUUGUUUUCUCUCAGAGGUCCACAUCCUCCAUAAUAUCGCCACUAACUAACUGCUUGAACUUGUUAUCGAGGCAAUUAGCGAGCCGAGAGCAGCCUGCUAUAAUUUCCCUUAAUCACGGCGUAUUCUGCGAUAAAUCCUCCAGCUGGGUGCUCUGGCAUGCUGGGUAGCACUAGACGCGAAACCGCCAGACAAAAGGAGGGAAUCUGCAUUUGUCUAAAUGCUUUUAAGGAGCGCUCGCAUGCACGUAGAUCGCGUGAGCGUACACAAGCACCCAAUUCAUCCGCGGCCUAACAGGCACAGUGUGUUGGUCUGCAACCCAGUGAGGCACUUAAACCUAUAAGGCUUGUUAAGAAACAAAUCGGUUACAUUAACCCACUGCUAUAGACUACCUAAUCAAUGAUCAGCUUCUCCCCGAUACAGAAUAGAAAAGCGAAUCCACUGUGGCCAGGGCUUAGUUAAUAUAUUGUUUUGAUAUUCUUCCCCCCAGACCACAGUGGCCCUUAAGUGGUCCAGUCAGAAAGAGAAAGCACCCGACCAGCGGCCAAAACAUUUCUGUUUUUGAGAUGAUAAAUACCAGUCAUUAAUUCAAAAGGUGAAAUCCAGAAAGCUCGUUCCAUUCAUCAUGCGAGUUUAUUCCAUUUCCAGAAAAUCACUUCCCGUUAACCUUUGAGACCCCGUUUCUGGGCGCUGAUGGAUGGGCUGCUUAAUAUCAGCUCCCUGUGCUGUGUAAUGAGACAGAAACGAACACAGGGAUAAAGGGCUGACGAGCAAAGAGCUACAUUACCUUAAAAGGCAGUAAAAACUAAUUUGGGGAAGAAUCUCAAAGCCUGCAGAGUCAGCUGCGUGGUCUUUUAACUGCGGCACAUGGGUGGUGGAGGAAUCAGAAGUGAAAGGAUGUGGGUGGAGUCCAGUCUGCGGUGCAACAGUGGAGCCGGAGUCAUUGUCAUCAUUAAGCUACAGUGAUUUAGUGUCUUUCAGUGGGCAAAGACAGGCCUCAUCCAUCUGGCUUGAGGUCUGCAGACGCAUAAAACCAAACUGACAUGUAUGGUUUAUCCAUCACGGCCCAAAAGCUCCAGACAUUUUAGGAUGAAUAAGAGGUGCUUCAUUUAUCUUAAUUACUUGAAAUGCCACAUAAUUAUUCAGCUGUUACAUGAACAAAAAAAAAGGUGUUGGAAUAUCUUAACUGAGUGGAAGACUGAAAUGAGUUGGUCAGUUGAUGAGGUCGAGGCAUCUCUGCCACCGUCGAUGUCUCACUGCUGCUUCUGCUGAUAGACAUUCCCAAAGCAUGGCCUUCGGCUUCAUGCUGCACGGACAGACGUCUUUAAAACGCUGCUUUGUUUGAAUCCUCCGUGAUGGUUUACAGCUGCAUCAUCACUAAAACUAGUCUUUAUUGUUACCCUUUGACAUUCCAGUGACCGCCAGCAGAGUGUGAAGGACGAGGAAUGUUCAGUUAUAGCAAAAAAAUACAGAUCCCAGUUCACCGACGGCUUUAAGAAGACACUUUGUUUCGAUAAAAGUAAAUUGAGAAACAGCAAAAAAAUCACAAAUCCGGGUUCACGGGCAACUUGAUCCCUGUGACAUUGUAAAGUAAACUUGAUCUGAUACAGAUAAAGUGCUACACUGUUACAGCUACGGCUCCUCAGCUCAAUUUUACAAACAGCUUUUAUCAACUAGA